AGCUUCAACACACAUAAUCGCAGAAACGUUUCUCUCUUACUCUUAAAGAUCCAUUUUCGUAUAAAGGUAAAAGAUGGAGUUUGGAGAACAGAAGAAGUUCUUCCAUGGAACACUCGAGAUUACAAUCUUCGACGCAACACCUUUCUCUCCCACAUUUCCUUUCAAUUGUAUAUGUACUAAGCCAAGACCAGCUUACGUGACCAUUAAGCUAAACAAUAAGAAAGUUGCUAAAACAAGCUCAGAACACGACCGUGUCUGGAACCAGACUUUUCAGAUCCUCUGCGCACAUCCCGUUUCUGACACGACCAUCACAAUCACGCUCAAGACUCACUGUUCUGUUCUCGGAAGAUUCAGGAUCUCUGCAGAACAGAUCCUUACUUCUAAUACAGCUAUUGUCAACGGGUCCUUUCCUCUAACUACAAAUCACGGAUCAACAAAACCUAACUUGAAACUCAAGUGUAUGAUGUGGUUCAGACCGGCUUAUCUAGAACCGGGAUGGUGCAAAACCCUUGAAGGAGAGCCUUUUCAAGGUAUUAAGAACGCGAGUUUUCCUCAGAGAUCGAACUGCAGAGUUGUAUUAUACCAAGACGCGCACCAUAGAGCCACGUUUGAUCCUAGGGUUCAUGAUGUUUCUUGUGAAGCAAGAAAUCUAUGGGAAGAUGUUUACAAAGCGAUUGAUUGCGCUAGGCACUUGGUUUACAUUGCAGGAUGGGCAUUCAACCCUAAUCUCGUUCUCGUACGUGAUGAAGAGACAGAGAUUCCACACGCAGUGGGAGUAACAAUCGGCGAGCUUCUGAAACGGAAAGCACACGAAGGCGUAGCGGUGAGAGUGAUGCUGUGGAACGACGAGUCCUCUCUACCGAUGAUCAGGAACAAAGGUGUAAUGCGAACAAAUGACCAAACAGCUCUUGCUUACUUCAGAGACACAAGUGUUGUUUGUAGACUGUGUCCAAGAUCGCACAAGAAGCUCCCUACGGCUUUCGCACAUCACCAAAAGACCAUCACAGUGGACACACGUGUAACGAAUACGAACACAAAAGAGCGAGAGAUCAUGAGCUUCCUCGGCGGUUUCGACUUCUGCGAUGGUCGAUAUGACACAGAGGAGCAUUCUCUGUUCCGCACACUCGGAACUAGUGAUGACUUCUAUCAAACAAGCCUUGCUGGAGCUAAGCUAAGUAAAGGCGGACCAAGAGAGCCGUGGCACGACUGUCACGUGUGCGUGGUCGGGGCUGCAGCAUGGGAUGUUUUGAAGAACUUUGAACAGAGGUGGACGAAACAGUGUAACCCUUCAGUCUUGGUCAACACCUCAGGGAUAAGAAACUUAGUAAACAGAACCGGACCAGAGACCACUGAGGAAGAUGACAGGAACUGGAACGUUCAAGUCCUGAGAUCGAUAGAUCACGUGUCCGCGACGGAGAUGCCAAGAGGCUUACAGGUCGAGAGGAGUGUACACGACGGCUACGUCGCAGCCAUUCGAAAAGCAGAGAGGUUUAUAUACAUUGAGAAUCAGUACUUCAUGGGAAGCUGCGAGCAUUGGGAGAGCAAGAACGGAAGCGGAUGCACAAACUUGAUACCGGUUGAAAUAGCGUUGAAGAUCGUAGCUAAGAUACGCAUGAAGGAGAGAUUUGCGGUGUAUAUAGUGAUACCAAUGUGGCCGGAAGGGCCACCAGAGAGCGAAACGGUGGAAGAGAUGCUUCAUUGGACGAGAGAGACAAUGUCAAUGAUGUAUAAGAUCAUAGGAGAGGCGAUACGGGAGACUGGAGACGGGACGCAUCCGAGAGAUUACUUAAACUUCUUCUGUCUCGCAAACAGAGAAGAGAAGAGAGACGGAGAGUAUGAAGCAGUUUCGUCACCGCAUCCCAAAACACAGUACUGGAACGCACAGAGGAACAGGAGAUUCAUGGUCUAUGUCCACUCCAAGAUCAUGAUAGUGGACGACGCAUACGUUUUAAUAGGAUCAGCCAACAUAAACCAGAGAUCAAUGGACGGUUGUCGUGACACGGAGAUUGCAAUAGGUUGCUACCAAACAGAUACAACCAACACCAAUGAGAUUCGAACUUACCGGUUGUCGCUCUGGUACGAGCAUACAGGUGGCCAGAUCACAGUGAAUGAGUUAUCUUUCUCGGAGCCAGAGAGUCUUGAAUGCGUCCGAGGGUUAAUGACAAUUGGGGAGCAAAUGUGGGACAUUUACAGCGGAGACGAGGUCGUGGAUAUGAACGGUGUCCACUUGGUGGCGUACCCUAUUAGUGUUACAAAAGAUGGUGCGGUUGAGGAAAUUGGGAACGGAGUUUUUCCUGAUACCAAGACGUUGGUGAGAGGGAAAAGGUCCAAGAUGUUGCCUCCGGUUCUAACAACCUGAAAGAAAAUGUCAGGAUCAUCAAUCAUUUAUCAGAACAUAACUUGCAAUGUAUAAGUAACUUUCAACUUGUUGAUUAUGAUAAUAAAGUGCAUAUAGAUGUUGACUAUGUAAUGAUGU